AAUAACUUGAAUUGUCAGUAACAGUUUUUGACCUUCUAAUCAUUUACAUUAUCAGUACACACAAGAAAAAAGAAAACGUUGCUAGCUAGUGGUCCUACUCUUCUAUCUUUUUCACCUUUUUCUUAACACAUUCUUCACCUUGAUCACUUCAAAUUUCUUCAUUUUGCUUCAUCCUAUUCACCAUAUAUAGCUGUGUUGUGAAAGCACCUUGUGCAAUGGAUGUUACAAGCCUUCAAGCUAUGCGUUCGUUGAAAGAAAAGAUGAGCAUUGAUUGCGAAGAAGAUAUUGACAAUGACAUGGAGGAAGAAGAAGAGGGUGGUGGUGGUGAUGGGUAUGGGUAUGGGUAUGGGUAUGCAGACGAUGAAAAGAAGAAGAAAGUGAUGGGAAGAAGAGGGUCUGGUAGUGGUGGUGGUGGGGUGUCGCCGCCUUGUUGCCUUGUUGAGAAGUGUGGAGCUGAUUUAACUGAUGCAAAACGCUACCACAAGCGCCACAAGGUGUGUGAGCUUCAUUCCAAGGCUCCUGUUGUCAUUGUGUCUGGUCUCAGGCAAAGGUUUUGUCAGCAAUGCAGCAGGUUCCAUGAGCUAUCUGAAUUUGAUGAAGCAAAAAGGAGCUGUCGCCGGCGUCUGGCUGGUCACAACGAGAGACGUAGGAAGACCUCAGCUGAAAUGAUCGGUGAAGGUUCAUCAAGUCGAAAAGGUGUCAAUCCUCAGGCAAAGGAAAGUCGGUGUAAGCAGGGUGACGAAAGAGGCAGAGUUCAGAUGCAGAUGCCUCUCCAAGGGAAUAACACCCCUUCCAAACGUUCACAGAUCAAAUAAGCAUAGCUUUCUGCUUUGUCAUGCUGGCACGCUCACUCUCUUCUGUCACCCCACAGCUUUUUUGCAGUUGUUUCCAAGCUGUGUACGAAGAAAUAAAAUGUCUAUGUAACACACACAAGAAUGUCACAUGGCUAUUUAAUGUGUUUUAUCUCUAUGGAGAUAAAUUUAGUAUCGAUACUUAUGAAUCUCCCAGCUGUGCAUUUUCUUAAACGAACUUAUAAUUAUUUAAUAUUUUCUGUGUGCUUGGAUGGCCUACUUCUACCUUCAACUUCAAUGUCUAAAGUCGGUGGACUCAGCGUCAAGUUGCUGUCAAUAUUAUGAAAUGGCCGUUAAAAGUCUAAGAUGGACAAACUUGUUGGAAAAGAGGGUGGAUCAAUUUUCCAAAUUUGCUUGGCUACUGCAUGAUUGAUGAUCUUGGGGGACCAUAAUAUCUGGGUUUUAUUUAUUUGAUUGUUUUACAGCUUACUGGUGUUGUUUUCACAUACUGUUCAUCAUCCUUU